AAGAACCAAAGCUAUCAACAAAGCUCGAAGGGGGUUGUUUGUCCAGGUUAAUCCGCUUCAGUGCUGUGUUUCGUCUCUUGACCGAGCCAGCCGGUUUGCGAGACUUGCAGAGGUUUUAAGGAGGCCCCUCCUCUAGAGGCUGCAGCCUCCUGCUGCCAUUGGCAUUGUGUGGACUGUACAGUUCGCGCACCAAACUACUCUGUUUGGGAUAGCUCGGCCAAAUGCUCGGCUACGCUUUGCUUGCCAUCGGCUACUCUUCAGGAUGUGUGGAGGUACUUGAAGUCCUAAAAUAUCGUUGAAGCGUCAAGUCUCGACAUAUCUUCGAAUAGCUGGUAGCUGGUCUCUCAGGCCAGCCUCUUGCAACCACGAGACCACCUCGGCAACAGCAAUGUCUUCAACAGACGUGAAAGCCACAUUGUUCUAUCUAAAGCACGACACAAGAUGGCAGCGCGAGAAACCUUACACGUUAUUUGUGGAUGUCAGCAAUAUUCCUGGUGCAGAAAACACAAAUAUAGAGAAAGAGGCCGUGGGAGACAUUGUCGUCAGAGAUGCUCGCAGCAGUCCAACCUUACUGACCCUUGACGUUCAUGGAUUCGAGGUUAUGAGAUUGAGCGAAGACGUGUUCAAGCCUGAAUCUUUUGAGGACCCGGUCUGGACUGAGGCGAAUUAUUAUCCUUUCUUGUGCAAGGCUGUACAGCAAGCACUUGGGGCGAAAGAAGUCCGGGUUUACGAACACAAGGUUCGAUAUCGGUUUCCCGGGUUUGGAGACCUACGACUGCGCAGUGCGCUCGACUACGACCCUCCCAUUCCCCAAGUUCACGCGGACUUGAGUCACGAAUACGGACUGCAGCUUUUUACCGAGCGGUGGCCGGAAGGUCUGAUAUCCAAUAGGCUUCAAGUCAUCAAUAUCUGGCGCCCCCUCAACAUAAAGGUCACUGAGUGGCCAAUCGCAUUGUGCAGCUGCUCUUCAGUUGACCGCGAGGUCGACCUGCAGAGAACAGAUCAGGUCAAAAGACUGAAAGGAUCUUCUGAAGCCGAUAACAAAUUCGUCGUUAUGGAGAGCUAUACUUCAUUCUACAAUUCAGCCCAUCAGUGGUGGUAUCUCAAGGAUCAAUGCUUCAACGAAGCCUGGAUUAUAAAGCUAUUCGACUCCAAGGCAGGCGUCGCGGAGAAUGUUCUCCACACCGCUAUCGACAUCGGCCAAAGCCCGGAUGCAAGAAAGAGUAUCGAGACCAGGAUGAUGGUGGUCUACUAGGAAAAGGAACAAGGGAAGAUGUUACAAGGCCAGCAAUUAGUCGAGGUGUUGAUUGGUAACACGGAUACGCCAGCAUUCAGAUUUGUGGCCAAUAAAUGGCACGACAUGGCUACUUCUACCUAUAUCGACCAGGGAGGCCAAACACCCUGGGGUGGGUGGCCUCCUUCGUAAUUAGACCUCCAAUGGGAACGGCUGGAAGAUCUAUCAUCAAGCCCCGUCCUCAUUACCACGAUAUCUAUCGAAGGCACGGAGCGGGAAACGAGCGGCACCAUAAAUAUAUUCCUGCCUUCAAAUACGUUGCCUUAUCGCCCAAUACAAUAUUUGCACCUACACUCGGCCGCAGACCAAGCACAAGAAUUUAUUGAUGUUCUGUUGCC